CCUCUCCCCAUCUCCACCACUUCAGGACCUUUUAUUUGUCGCAGUCGGGGGUUCUGCUUUGGAUAAUGCUGCGCUAGCUCCUACGAUGACCCUGGAUUAUCCGCUGACCAUCUGUCGGCCUCUGUCCAUCCCCAUUUCCCUGGUCUGAUUGUUUAAGCUUCAGCAGCUCCCGCUUUCUACCGGGCCAACCUUCAGCUUCAGCUGUGGACUAUCAAGCCCAGCUGUUGAAUUUCCAUCCUUACCUUGCCUUCUGUUAUUAUUUUGCCCCCCUUUCCCUCCCGAAACCCGCUGCAGCCUUCCUCCAAGAUGAUGCAGUGGUCGUCCCUCGUCCAGAAAGCCCAGUCUUUUAUUGACCCGGCUAACUUCACUAUCCCGAACCUCACCUCCUCCUCCUCCGAUCGCAACCCGUCGAAGGCUUCCUUGUUUCGCCAGCAGUUCCGACUUCCCGAUUCUCAAAAUCCUCUACAGGAGAUAACGGCAGAGCUAAUCCUUCCUUUGUCGCAUACAUCAUCGUCAUCGUCGUCAUCUUCCACCACCCCCGGCAACCCUCCUCGGAAUCUCGACCGCGCUGGAAAUCGAUAUGCCGGCAAGCUGCAUUUGAGCGAGCGAUUCAUCUGCUUUUCUACCCAGCCUACUAGCUUCGUACCAUCUGCUACCCUUGGCGCCUCUACUCACUGGGCGGGUCAAACCAAUGGCACAGGGCCGUCCGGGAAUGGCUUCACGGUCCCGCUUUGCUGCAUCCGCCGCGUGGAGCGAUUGAAUAGUCUCAGCCAUGUCUUUUCAUUAGCAUUAACAACAUGGAAUGGCGCUCUAAACAAACAGCAGGCACCGGGGUUUGUGCCCCAAAGAUUCACUAUCCAGCUAGUCGGAAGCAGGCAGGCCUGUGAACGAUUCUGUGACGGUCUAAAAAAAGGGUUACGGGAGUCUAUGAAGGAAAUUGAGAAUCUGCGGGACGUCGUGAAUGACUGUUAUUCGGAAUAUUUGCUCUCGGGUGCAAAGGCCAAGAGUCAAGCACAGGAUGCGUCUGAUAACUCUGAAACACGACAGCCCCCGGAUGCCGGAUUAGGCAUGCUCUUCCGCUACCCAGGUGAUGCCCGCAAGCUUCGAGAUCGGAGUAAAAUGCGAUUGUGGGGGGAAUACUUCAGAGAAAAUGGCCGCAAUGCGACUUUGAUUCGACAGCCCACCUUCCACAAGCUUAUUCGCGUUGGCCUUCCCAACCGACUCCGCGGAGAAGUGUGGGAGGUAGCCUCUGGUUCGUUGUACCUGCGUUUGAGAUCACCUAAACUAUACGCCGAGACUCUUGCCAAAUUCGCCGGGCAGGAAUCUUUAGCUAUUGAUGAGAUCGAAAAGGACUUGAACCGAAGCUUGCCCGAGUAUGCGGGAUUCCAAAGUGAAGAAGGCAUUGGCCGUCUUCGGAGAGUUCUUACAGCGUACAGUUGGACCAACGCUGAAAUUGGGUACUGUCAAGCGAUGAACAUCGUGGUUGCAGCUUUGUUGAUAUACAUGUCUGAGGCACAAGCCUUCUUCCUUCUUUCUGUUCUAUGCGACCGCCUUCUACCGGGAUAUUACUCGACCACCAUGUAUGGUACCUUGCUUGACCAAAAGGUUUUCGAGUCUCUGGUGGAGAAAACGAUGCCUGUUCUUUGGGAGCAUCUCUCCAAGUCCGAUGUCCAGCUCUCUGUCGUUUCUCUUCCCUGGUUUCUCUCCUUGUAUAUCAACUCCAUGCCCCUUGUCUUCGCCUUUAGGGUAUUAGAUGUGUUCUUCUUGGAGGGUCCCAAGGUCCUUUUCCAGGUUGGACUUGCCAUCCUCCGCAUCAAUGGUGAGGAACUGCUCGAUGUCCAAGAUGAUGGUUCUUUCAUCUCCGUUCUCAAGUCAUAUUUCUCUCGUCUCGACGAGUCUGCUCAUCCACGAUCAGAGAAUCCCAAACUAAGAGCUAUCACACGCUUUCAGGAACUAAUGGUAGUAGCGUUCAAGGAGUUCUCCCAGAUCACACAUCAAACCGUCAUUGAGCAGCGCGAAAAACAUAAGGAUGCAGUCUUAGAGAACAUUGAAAGUUUCGCCAAGCGCACAUCCAUCCGAAACCUUGGGCCCGAUAGCAAGAAGCUAAGCAUGGAUGAUCUCGGCGCGAUAUAUGACCGCUACUACGAAGUCCUAUACGAGUACCAGCAGCGACAGAAGCUGGUAGAGGAGGAAAAGAGACGCCAAGAGAAGAAGAAAUCCGAACGAAUUUCCAUCGUCGGCCCACCGGCUGACCAGGAAGUUGGUCGAGUGGGUCUAGGUCCGAGUCCAACUCACAUGGACUACAAUGCGUUCCGAGAGUUUCUUGCCGCGACAGCAAAAUGGGCUAGAGCCGACUCCCCCAGCCCAUCGCGCAAGGCGUCCACUAUUGGGUCUUACGGAAAUAGCUUUAAAGGGUUUGGACGAUCAUCAUCCAUAUGGAACACCCGACCAGAGCCAGCGGACCACGAAUUUUUACAUCGUCUUUUCCGUAAGUGGGCUACCGACCACGAGGAAGGACUAAGCCUACAAAAUGUAGUAAAUGGUAUUGCACGCCUGAAGGGACCACGCGACAUCAUGAAUAAUAUUAGCUACUUUUUUGAUCUUUACGACGAUAACGGAGACGGCAUGGUCGAUCGAGAAGGGAUCCUUCGCAUGUCUGAAGCGCUCCUUUUCCUAUCCCGACGCGGAUUCGAAGGAACUAUCGUCGCCAGCCAAAGCACGGAAGACCUCACAGCUCCCGGAAAAGAAGGAGCUGAGCAUGAUAAGCUCAGUACUGGCGAACGAUUUCUUGGAAGCGUCAGCUCCUUCAUCCGGCGCUGUUUCCAGUAUGCUGACCCGACCCACAAGGGACUAGAGGGAGAGAAAGACGUGACGGAAACAGCCGACAAGCUCGGGUCUUUCAGCAUAGGUGACGAGGAGGAGGAGGAGGAUCUAAUUGAUAUUGGAGACGACAUCAAAUCCAACUCGUCAACACCGACUCUAGAGACCAAAACACCUGAAACCCUGAGCAGUGACCAAGCCGACAACACACAACAGCACACCCAAAAGAUAUCCGAAUCCGCGAAUCCCGCUCUCGAUCCCAAUAACCCACUCCACAUCACUCUCCCUACAUUCCGCAUGGUCGUUCUGGCUGACGAGCUGUUAGAGCAAUUUUUCGACACCUUUUUCCCUCAGUCCUUCCGUCUCUCUGACCAGGGAUCAGCCACCUCGCUGACCCCAUCUCUCUCCUCGAAUCUCACAACCUUCUCAAACAUCGGUUCUGUGAAGCCCCAGCUCAGUGCGGCUUCUAACGCUCCAGUUGCCGGUGCCUCUGGUGGCAUCGUUCCACCUAACAGAGGUCUCCGCGGUGUCCUAGACAACAUUGUCUCCGAUGGCAUCCGUAUGGCUGCAGAAGUCAAGAAGCGUAUGGAUGAAGCACAACGCGAACUCGAGCGAAACGCCCUCAACCGGGAUGAUUAUGACGAGGAUGACGAGGACGAAGUCGACCCCCAUGUUGUGGCCAAUACCCCCGCCAUAGUGGGUGGUAUCUCCAGCUGGGGUGCGGGGGCAUACGGCGCGGAUCCCGAGCGUCGCAGCGUGCGCGAAACCGACCGUGAUCUCCUAGAAGGUGCAGAGGUCCUUAGUAUGCGGGGGCGGGACGACACAUCCUCCUCGUCGCUCCUGGAUGAUAAAGAAGGCCAGCAUCACCACGGCCAGCAUCUCGCACCUGAUGCCGGUGGUAGUUCCCACCGUAGUCGAGAUGACAGUGUCGUUAGUAAGGUUGUGGAGUUUGAGUCAUGAACGAACUUUGCAGUAUUUCUCUUGUUGGACCCCCCCUUUUUUGUUCUUGCUAUGGCUUGAUAAUUGUAUUACGUGUUUUGUGGUCUUCCUACGCGUGUAUAAGCGCAUUCUUUUUUAUCUAUCUGUUUAGAUAGGUUUCUUUUUUCUGGAAGGAUAAUGUACUAUUUAUAUCAUUUCCUUUUAAUCUGCUUUUUUGUUGUGACAGAUAUAGGGGUGGGUUUUUC